UACUUACACGUUUAUAUUUGAUUGUCUCCACUUUUUAUGUUUGUAUCUUCACUUUAUCUUCGAACAUUCACUAUUAGAAGCGAACAUAUUCAGGAUGAACGGUUCAGUCGUCUUCGGGUGUAUCUUGGUUGUCUUAGUAGCAGUGUCGGCGAAAGAUUGUGAUGUUGGAACUGAUUGUGGUGACGUUGCGGGAUUAUGUUGCGUGAGCAGACAGCGACCCCGGGGUAAACGCUCGGCGGACGAAACAUCUACUGGGACUUGUCAGCCAAUGGGCGUUGAGGGAGCAGACUGUUUGGUGAGGAACAAUGACGAGGACUACAAAUCUACGGCUGUUUAUGUCAACUGUCCAUGUGCUGAAGGGAUGACAUGUAAAGGCAUUGGUGUAUUUGACAUGCCACUUGGUGAGCAAGGAAAAUGUAGGAAGACAUAAGCGGGAUGGAGAUACUAACUUUUUGAAGGACUUCAAAAGAUUCGAGUAAAGGGACUUGUAUAAUGCUCUUCAUGACUUAAUGCCUGGAAUUUAUAAUAUUGAAAUGCACAUACAAGUCAGAUUUAUGAUAUACAUGUA